AUGUUAAAUAGAAAUUUGCAUUCCUAAGAAAUCUUUAACAAUUCAAAAAACCAUGAACCAAGAGAAAUUUACUUUAUAUAGCUUUCCCGUCCUAUUGGAAGUGCUGGAGUUUUCGGCGGAACCGUGAGGCUUGAAUCUCUGUUGAUGGGUUCUCUUGGAUUUCAAUUUUCUGAACUGGGUUUUAACCAAAAUCUCGAAGCUCUUAGACUUCCCCGACUCCACCACACGGCACACCUUCAUUCUUCCAGCUUUACUUCUAUUGGGUUGGCACCAAGGACCAUUUGUGGUCUCAGACGCAAAUCCAGAAAGCAUAUGUGGAGAUCAAGGGUGCUCUCCACCGAAGCGAUUCAAGCUGUGCAGUCUCUUAAGUUGGCCAAACCCUCUUCCUCUAAAUUAGAAGAGGUCUUCAAUACCAGACUCAAGAGGCUCUUGAAAGCAGACUUGUUGGGCACAUUGGUUGAGUUGCAGAGACAAAACGACUUGGAUUUAGCCCUCAAGGUGUUUGAGUUUGUGCGGAAGGAAGUGUGGUACAAACCAGAUCUAUACUUAUACUGUGACAUGAUUCAAAUGUUGGGAAAGAACAAGCUGAUUGAAAAGGCAGAAGAGCUUUUCUUUGAACUGAAAAAAGAAGGCUUAGAGCCUAACACGAGGGCCUAUACUGAGAUGAUUGGGGCAUUUCUACAAGUAGGAAUGGUUGAAAACGCAAUGGAGACAUAUGGAUUGAUGAAGGCAUCUGGUUGUAUUCCAGAUGAGUUGACCUUGACAAUUUUAAUUAGGAACCUUGAGAAGGCUCGAUUAGAUGACCUUGCAGCAAGUGUAAAGAAAGAAUGUGUUGACUAUGUAGACUCUCCUGAGAAAUUCCUGAAGGAAGUCAGCAGUAAAUAUGUGAGGAGGUGCCUAGAUCUUGUCUAAAAACUUGCUGCACUUGCAGUGCAUGGACCUGUUUCUUUAUGGUGUAUUCUAGAUGCUAUAUUGCAAUGGAAAGGACCUCACCCAGCUCUCAUUGAGCCUAGUUGAGGAUUUGUGUCGAAGCAAGAGGGCGAGAAGGUACAGAAAGCACUUUGGGGCAUUUUGCUUCCAUCAGUACUUUCAUGGUUUUCUUUUGGCUCCCAUCUGAUUCGAGAAAAAUAGUCCAUGAAGAAAUUUUGACACCAAGACUUUGUGGUGCCACAUGUUUAAUAGGGUCUGUUGAUAAAAAAUUCUCUUGUAAUUAAGGUAAAUUAAAUUCCAGUCAGAUUAAUUUUUGUUUUCUUUUUGUAUUAUUAUGCACUGAUUUGGGUAUUAGAUCAGUUUUGAUGCCUGUUCAACAAGCAUAAUAUUAGGAUUUUGAGUCUUAUUGUGCAUCCUAUGGUUCGCUUUGGUAAGGAACACUGUAUUUGUUCUCGUGAAAGAUGCACUACAUUGCUCAA